AAUCCGCACUACCGGUCGCCCACUUGCAGCGGACGGGGAAAUAGCGCAGACGUUCACGUGAUUCCCUUUUUAUUCGGGCGGUCCGCUGCUGCGUUUUGCUUCUUGUUUCUUUACCCCCCGCGCCUUUCCGAGAGUGCAGCUGAUGUGCGGCCCGUCACAGCCGGCAGAUUGUCUAGUUGCACCGUAACGUCGCUGCGAUCUUCUCUCCCGGUUCGACAAGAGCGGCCGAGCUUCCGACACACCGCCGGCGAUGUCUACGACUUCAGACGUGCUACCGCCCGACGCCCCGGCGCCGCGGCUUUGCCACCUCGUCAAGAUCGCUUCCUUCGAAGGCUACGGCUUCAACCUCCACGCCGAAAAGUCCAAGCCGGGACAGUUCAUCGGCAAAGUGGACCCGCACAGCCCCGCCGAACUGGCGGGGAUGCUCGAGGGCGAUCGGAUCGUCGAAGUGAACGGCGUCAACAUCGCCAACGAGAACCACAAACAGGUGGUCGAGCGAAUCAAGUCCGUGCCCGAUGAGACCAAGCUUUUGGUGGUGGACAGUGCGGCGGACGCCUGGUACAAGGACCGCAAGAUUGUGCCCCGAGGAACGCAGGAUAACGUGCGCUACAUCCGGACUCCGGCGGACGGCGGUCAGCAGCCCAACGGCCACCACCACGAGGAAACGACCGCAGCCAACGGAGACGUUAUCCGAAAAGAAUCCGAGACGGUCGAACUGCCUCCAGAUGCCCCGGCACCACGGCUAUGCCAGAUGAAGAAGUGGGAGGACUUCGAAGGGUACGGCUUCAACCUGCAUGCAGAGAAGGACAAGCUGGGCCAGUAUGUGGGCAAGAUCGACGAGGGCAGCCCCGCCGAGUACGCGGGACUCCGCGAGGGAGACCGCAUUGUGGAGGUCAACGGCGUCAACAUCACCUCGGAGACGCACCGGCAGAUCGUCGAACGCAUCAAGAAGGUCCCCAACGAGACGAACCUGUUGGUGGUGAGCCUGGAGGCGGAGAAGUGGUACCGGGACCACAAGAUAGCGGUGACAGGUAGCCAGGCCAAUGUGGUGCAGCUGAGGAACCCUGCCCUCAACCCGGCCACGGCGGGAGACCGGGAGGCCGAGGAGAGGCACGCCGAGGAGGACGCGGUCCUCGCAGACGCCCCGACCCCGGUCCUGAGGAGGCAGAGCCUGUCGGAAGAGGACAACGAGAAGGUGACGGAGCACACGACCACCUUGUCCAGCUUCGUCGUGCAGCGGCAAGACGAACCGGACAGUGUGGAGGAUAGGGCCCCCGCCCUGCCAUCUUCUCCGCCACCGGACGACACGGAGCCCGAGGUACCAGAGACCAGAGAGGAGACUCCCACGCCAAAGGAGACCCUACCAGAGGCAGUCAAGACAGAGGUUAUCAAGACCGAGGUGGUCAAAACCGAGGUGGUCAAACCGGAUGAGCCAAAGCCCAAGCCGGAGCCACCGAAACUUCCGCAGGCCAAGCCGGUGGAGCCUCCUCGUGUCCCCACCGAAGCCAACGGCGGCGCUUCCACGAUGGCGACGACGACGACUUCUGAGGCGAAGGGAGCGAGCAACGGGUCGCUCAACCUCAACAUGAGCGCUUCAGAAAUGCGGCAGCUGUUGGCGCAGCGCAAGAAGCACGACCCCAAGAAGGUUCAGAUGGACCUGAAGAAAAAGUAUGAGCUCAUCGAACAGAUGUAGACGUGACCCAUGUCCUGUUUCUUCGGUGCUUUCACCGUCGUCAGCUCUGUUUGUCGUCGGUUAUUGGAGGAGGCAACGUGUACCAUCUGCAUGUUUUUGCGAAAGUGUCGACGGCGCUGUGGAUGGUCUGCAUGGGACGACCGAGAGGCCUUUAAAGGGACGUCUCAGAACGUGUAUGCAACUAUGAAAAUGCUGUCCUGGAUGGCAGUGGACUAGGCCAAGGUUUUUUACGGUAAUGUCAGUUUACAGAAACAGAUUUUUCUACUAUGGUACGUCGAAAUUCUUGGUAUAUCGGCGUCUAAAAGUUGCGGCAAAACGCCGGCGUCGGCAGUCCAGGCGCCGUUGUAGCAAAAAAAAAAGAAGCUGCUUUUCUAUUAAGAGUAAACGAACAUUGUGGUAAGCUCGCAGUUGUGGUAUUGCCGACUGAAAUGUACCUUUUGGGCCGCAAAUCGUGUGUACCUACAAGCUGGUCCUUUUAAUUUUUGAAUAGUUUUUCCCAAGACGCCGAAAACAGGGACCCAUUUGGGUGCGACCCAUUGUCCUCGGUUAUCGCGCACGAAAAGUCGCGGUCGAUCGUCCCUUUUACGCUGUUCUAGAGAGCCCUUUUCUAUCCCGGUAGCUGACUGAUUCCAGUCAGCCGGUCCUUUGUGACACCCAUCAACAGUGCUAUCGACAGUUUCGCACUGGCACUAGCAACCAUACUUUGCUGCAGCUUUUAGUCCGAGCUACGGCGGACCUAGGUGCCUGCAACUGUUUUUGGCCGGUUUACGGCGGCUACGAGCGACGGUUGUUAUUUACAGAGGCUCGCGGAUGCGGCGGCUGCAGUUUCUCUUCCGCCGUUUAGGGAAGAAGCCAACUCGCUACGUCCACUCGAAAGAAUUGCGUGUCAGAGGGUUCGGUAUUGAGAACCGGUGGGGCGUGUAGCUUUUAAGCGCCACGGAGUGCGAUUGCCACGUUAACUUUGUUCCGUUUUGCUCGUCGUGCGUGGAGAGACGGAGGUAGCAAGAAACCGAACGAAGCUAUUUUUGUCAACCGCUCGGAUCACUUCCAUGCAUCCACUGGACGUCGAACAAAUUUACGAGUGUACGCGACCCGUCGUUCUUCCACAUUCCACUUCUUGGAGCCUAGCGUGCUUCUCGUUUUACAGAACAAACGACGUUCGCCGGUUUGUUUUCUCGUUUCUUUCGUUGGGGCUAACCAUAAUCACAUAACCGCCGUCGAUUUUCACGUUGCCAUUUUUUUUCCUUCUUGAAGAGGCUACGCAAAGGUUGUGGAGAACGUCCGCUAAAUCGCGGCAGUUGCCCAAUUCUUUUGUUUCUUUCCGUUUUGAGCCUUGUCCUCUAAAAUUUUUACCCUUUACAACGCCGACUGUGCAAUACAUUCCCGUUCCGUACUUACUGAAUUUCAAGCACGGGCAGUUGCGUUUCGUUUUGGACGGAAUGGCCCAUUUAAUGGUCUCUUUCCACCUUUCUACCGUUUGUUACCAAGUAGCAAGUCUUUUUACAUUUUUUUUUUUGUAUUUUCAUCUAAUCUCGAUAUCAAACGCUCUACACGAUGUGGAUUUUGCAAUGUCUCAAAAUGCCAUGCAGAGAGAAGUCCUACUCUUUUGUCGACUACGCGUUUCUCCCUGAAGCGCUAUGUAGGGCGGUUGUCGGGGGCGUCGAAGAAAGGCUGGUUCGCGCACUUGCGACUGUUCACGACCGAGUUCGUUAAAACCUCUUGUGAUCUCUCACGACGAGACAACACGCCCUGGGACACUGGUGAGUUCCAUAUAUUUGCUACUUUUUUCGCACAUCAUUUUUUCUUAAUUGGCACGAAAAACUUUUGACGAUGCUACAGAGGGCCAUUUCUCAUGGAUAUUAUGCAUAUUUGAUCUCGCAAAAACUGAAAAACCUUUGCUCUAGUGAAACAUAAUAGUUUCACAGCCACCUCGUAGGUGGCGCCGUGUCGUAAGCAGACACGAGUGUGCGGACCGGCCUAAAGUCUCGCGCAACUUCUCCGUCGACUCGAAGGUUGGUUGUGCGGAGGUUCGGUGCCUUAUACCCCAGUUCCAGUGUUUACAGACGAAGCAUAUUUUUCCAUCAUUCUACGCAACUAAGAGAAGAAAAGCAAAAAAAAAGGAUAUAUAUACACUUCGUUGCGGAAGCUGCGUUAAAAGCUCCAUAUUUUUGUAGCCAUGUUUGGAAAGUGUUUUUGCGACCUUUUGGAGUCAUAGUAAAGGUGUAAAAAAUAU